AUGGAUCAUUUCUCGCAGCCCUCUAACUUUGUUGACUUGUUGACAAGUCAACACGAACCAUCACUGAAUGAUGGUUUUCACUCUAUCGACCAAGAACCCUUAUUCAGCACUCAGUGUUCAUUAGCAACUAACGUUGGUGAUACAACUGGUCACCGAGUGGAUAGGAGGACUUGGGCGGCCAAUGGGGAUGUGCUUCUUAUAAGCGCUUGGCUUAACACAAGCAAAGACCCUAUUGUCAGUAACGAGCAGAAGUCCGGAACAUUUUGGAAGAGGAUAGCCAUUUACUACGCAGACAAUAUGAACCCAUCGAUGAGUGCACCGCGCGAAGCCGGCCAAUGCAAGCAAAGGUGGCACAAGAUCAAUGAUCUUGUGUGCAAGUUCUGUGGGGCGUUUGAGGCAGCAACGAGGGAAAAGAGCAAUGGAAUGAAUGACAACGACAUCUUAAAAAUGGCUCACCAGAUCUACUUCAGUGAUCAGAAGAAGAAAUUCAACUUGGAACACGCAUUGAAAGAGUUGCGAAAUGACCAAAAGUGGGCUGAACUGUCGACCUUGAAAACGGAUCAUCCCUCGAAAAAAAGAAGGUCUGAAGAAGUUCCCUUCACACCAAGUCCUGAGGUCGAGGAAAUAAGUGCUGGUGAGCAUGGUCAAGGUAGCAAAAGGCCACCUGGUGUGAAGGCGGCGAAAGCAAAAGGAAAGAGGCCAACGAGUGAAGCAAAGUCUGCGGUUGAGUUUGGGGGUAUGUGGGUUUUUAGGGAAAAGGAGAUGGCCCUCAAAGAGAGGCUCUCGAAGAUUUCUCUUCUAGACAGUCUUAUUGCCAGGAAAGAUACAUUGGCCGAAUACGAGGAUAACCUGAAGAAGACGCUUAUCCAACAGCUAUUCUAG